AUGAUGUGUAAAACAUUCGCUUCUUCGUUUUCUUCUUUUUGCACUUCAAUACACUUCCAAAAAGAAAUCGCCUUCUUCUCUUUCCAGUGCGAACGCAGACCUCUCGACAUGCUCUCCAGUCUCCUGCGCCAAGCUCUCCCGCCUCGCCUCCACUCCCGCCGUUCUACGGCCUCCGCCACUACCCCAUCUUCCUCAUCCGCAUCCACCCCGAUGCUACCGAAACAGCCGUCCCACUCAACGACGCCUACACCAUCCAUUCCCCAUCGACGGCGCCGUCGACGACAUCGGAACACGGAACUUCCACCGAUUGCACCGGAUGCGACGAAGGCAGAAACACUGAGUGCGUAUGCACCGCAUUCGGAGGAAGGAAGUGAGAAAAACGCGGGAAAUCCUCCAGCUGCAAAACAAACACCAAGUAUGCAUUUGAUAAAAGCGAGGCAAUUAAAAUACCUUUCAGAAAUCGAACCUGAAACAUUAAGAGAAAUGUUUUAUGUCGGAAAAAGCAGUUCCCAAUGGAAAGAAAUGAAAGAAUAUUGUCUGACGAUUUUUGAAUCUUUCAACAACAUGGUAGCCAUAUUUAAGGUAAAAGAUCUCGGUACUAGCUACCUCUCAUCCGAUUGUAUCCUGAGAAAAGAGAUGCUGGACGUGACCUAUGACCUAAUAACUGAACUGCCAUCUGAAAUCCAAAGGCUAAUACUUAAAUCCAUUGUCAACUGCUUAUUAACAGAUCGAAGGACAUCAAGUACAGAUUCACUUCGGGCUUACUACAUUCUUUUGUUGAAUCCGAUGUUUGAUUCAACGCAAACGUUUGGCAUAUUUGCACAUCUUCUCCGCCAGGUGGCGUCACUUACAGAUCAAGAGCAUCAUUAUCUUGUUCACUGGAUCAAAGAACUGCAGUCAACGGAAUUUAAAUCGAUUAUUAAUAGAUUAAAUUCAUUUAUCACGUGGAAAAUGUUCCCAAAUCGGCCACAGGAUCUUCCACACCCAUCCAAAUGCACCUGGUGGGUACCCAGCGCCGUAAAAGUGAUGGCAUUAUUUAAUGCUGCGAAUAAUUUGGUUCGACCACAUAUUGUCCCAUUCGAAGACUUUUAUAACAACUCAUUGGAGCGUUGUGAUUUGCUUUCUGAAUAUUAUAAAUGGCAAAACGUAUAUUCUCAUGGCGGUUUUUCUUUUUGCCAGUAUCCGUUCAUUUUGAGUAUUGGCGCCAAGCGUAGCAUUUUACAGCGAGAUUCUGAACAGCAGAUGAUCGUGAUGGCAAGGAAAAGUUUGGUUGACAAUGUCCAAAAACGCCAGCUCCCUGAUAUUGGGAUGCUGUUUCUAAAUCUAAAAGUAAGGCGAUCAAACCUGGUGUCCGAUUCGUUAAAUGAGAUAGCCAGUAAGCAAAGUGAAUUAAAGAAAAAAUUAAAGGUGACGUUUGCAGGUGAGCCAGGUCUUGAUAUGGGCGGUCUUACCAAAGAAUGGUUCCUGUUACUCAUUCGACAAAUCUUUGACCCCGAUUAUGGGAUGUUCACUUUUGACAAGAAGGCGGGCGUUUACUGGUUCAGCAGCGCUCCUUGCACUAAUUAUCAAGAAUUUCGCCUUGUUGGAGUUUUAAUGGGAUUGGCUGUUUAUAACAGUAUCAUGUUAGAUAUCCGAUUUCCAGCUUGUUGCUACAAGAAACUCCUUAGUCCAGCCGUAGUUCCGUACAACAAUCCGAAAAUGCCUGUCGGUGUGGCGCAGCUCACACUUCAAGACCUGCAACUUGUGCAUCCGGAUAUCGCCAAUGGUUUAAAAGAACUUUUGGAAUAUGAAGGAGAUGUCCAAGAAGACUUUGGUUUGACAUUCCAGGUGUCUUAUACAGAACUGGGUUGUGUUAAGACCCACCCGCUGAAAACUAACGGAGAAAAUAUAUUUGUAACUAACAGCAACCGAGGAGGUUACGUUCAACUUUAUGUUGACUGGAUACUCAAUAAAUCCGUCUACGAAAUGUUUAAAGAAUUCUACCACGGAUUUCACAGCGUCUGCGCAUCGAACGCUCUGAUCAUGCUGCGGCCUGAGGAAGUUGAGAUGUUAGUGUGCGGCUGUCCGACACUGGAUUUGAACGAGCUCAAAGCGGUGGCUACUUAUGAUGGCUACACAUCCUUGGACGUCACAAUCAAAUAUUUUUGGGAUGUCGUUCUGAAAUUUCCUCUUGAAUUCCAAAAGAAACUUUUACUUUUCACCACCGGAAGUGACCGCGUGCCAAUCGGAGGUACAGCGGAUAUGACCUUCAAGAUAACAAAAGUCGACGACACUUCGUUGCUUCCAAUGUCACACACCUGUUUUAACCAACUCGUUCUGCCAACUUACAAGAACAAGAAAACACUUAGAGCAAAAUUACUGACUGCAAUACAAAACGCCGAAGGGUUUGGUCUGGAAUAA